AUGAGCAACAAUAAUAAUAAUAAUAAUAAUAAUAAUGAUGAAGAAAAUAGUAAAUUGGACAUAGUAAAAAAACAGUUUCAAGAAAAAGAGAAACAGAGAUUGCAAUCUAAAUUAGAAAAGAGAGAAAUUUCAAAUAAAGAGCAAAUUGAUCAAUCAUCCUCAAAUAUAGCAUCAGAAACGCUAUUAUUAAUAAAUAAUUUAUCUGAUGAUAUUGAAAAUAGAUUAAAUGAAAUAAGUAAUAAUACAAAUGAAAAUAAGGCAGAAGAUUUAAAAGAAAGUUAUAAUCAAAUGGAAGAGAGUUUAAGUGAAAUCAAUUCAAUCACAACAAUGUCUUCUCAUAUUUUAACUUCAUACGAUGUUAAAUCAAUUUUAGAAAACAUUGAUAAUCUAAGGAAACAAAUCGAUAAAUCCAAAGAAAAAUAUAUGCCAAAACAAAAAUUAUCAUUAACAAGAAAAAAAACAAAAACUACAACAGUUUCAACUAAAACUACAUCUUCAAAAGAAGAUACUAAUGAAACUUUUAAUAAUAAUAAUAAUAAUAAUAAUGAUAAUGAUAAUACAGAUAAUAAUAAUAAUAAAAUCAGUACUGAACCAAUUUUUAAUUUAAUUAAUAUAAAAGGAUUUAAAAAUAAAGAAUUAUUUUAUCCACCAAAAAAAGAAGAAGAGAUUGGUAAUCAAGAUAUUAAUAAUAAUAAUAAUAAUAAUAAUAAUAAUAAUAAUAAUAAUAAUAAUAAUAAUAAUAAUAAUAAUAAUAAUAAUAAUAAUAAUAAUAAUAGUAAUAGCAUAAAUGAUUUAUUUAUAUCAGAUUUAACAGAUUGUACAGUUAUUUUAGAUAUGAAAGUAUUGACAGCAUUAAAAAUCAAUAAUUUAGUUAAUUGUAAAAUUAGAGCAAAUUCACCAAUUGAUGGUUCUAUAUUCAUUGAUAAUUGUAUAAAUUCUAUAUUUUCAUUAGUAUCAAGACAAAUUAGAAUUCAUUAUUGUACUGAUUGUCAAUUUAAUAUAUUUGUAAAGAGUAAUCCUAUAAUUGAGGGUUCAAAACAAAUUAAAUUCUCCUCUUAUUUACAAAAUUUAAAACAACAACAACAACAACAACAACAACAAGAACAAGAAAAAGUAUUAUCCUCAUUUGACAAUAAAAGAUUUAAAGAAUAUUCAUUCGAUUUAGAAUCAAAUAAUAUUGAUUCUGAUAAAUGGAAAUUAGUUAAUGAUUUUGAUUGGAUUCAACAAAAACAAUCUCCAAAUUGGUCAUUAGUUGAAUAUUAA